AUGCCCGCAGAACGUCGACACCAUUGUAAUUACUGUGUCAAGAGCUUCAAGAAGAGUGGGGAUUUGAAACGUCAUGAAGCAAUCCAUACGAAUACCAGGAACUAUAAAUGUGAUGAAUGUAGCAAGACGUUUAUUCAAAAGAGUGGCCUUACUGUACACUUACGAACUCAUACCGGCGAAAAACCUCAUUCAUGCGACAUCUGCGAAAGGGCUUUUUCUGAUGCCAGCUCCUUGAACCGUCACAAAAAGACUCAUUUCAAGAGCGGCUGUGCUCGAGGUGCUACUCUUUCAAAGUCUCGCGGCAAGAAACCCGUUGUUGAUGAAAUUGAAGAAUCGGACUUGCAUGACGAAGUAUACAUUGUCGAGCCUACAGUUAAAUCAACUCGUCGUCAACCAAUCACUCCAUCACAGUCAGCCUCCUCUCGUCCUCACUCGGAAGAAGAAGCAUCAGAAACUAUUGUCAUCAAACGUGACAAUUUUGUUCCAUCAGUUGCUCCAUACAAGGUGCAAACUCCUCACCUAACUUAUGGUGGUAGUCCGAAUAUGAAUUCCCAACGACUUGUAUACCUGCCUCACCCAUCGUAUGGGUCUCAAGGUAUUCCCUAUGCUGGGAUGGCACAAUCUUACUCGACCGAUAAUGGUGUGAAACGUUCCAAUGAAAUACCAGCACCAAUUACUACCAAAAAUAUCAUCAACAGCAAUAGCAAUGACAGCAUCUUGUCCCCAACACGAUUCUUGAACGUAUCACCCGCAGCUUCGCCUUCGACUCAAGAAGCAUCAGCCAUCAUCAAACUGCAACCCGUAGAACCCACCUUGGAGAGUCAUAGGAUGUAUCAUCGCCACCCGCUCCCAGCCCCAGUCCAAAUACAACGAAUUCAACGUGAUGGGUAUCUUAUGUCGGCACGUCAGCCUUCGUUGGACCAACAGCAGUGUUAUGUUGAUCGAAACGACUCGUACUCACCUAAGACGGGAUCAUCCUAUAUGGCGCAAGAUAUCACCCUGAAGGAAUCAGUCGCAUCUCCGCUACAGUCCUAUGUGUUAUUCCAGGACUCGUUUGUCACGUCUCCUCGUACGCAGUUUUACACCAGUUCACCUCGUCGUGAAAGCUACACUGCAUCGCCUCGUCGUGCAUCGUUUCCUGGACUUAUUCAGGAUUCUCUUAUGGGUGAUGUAUCUCCUCGCGGUCAAGCUUAUUAUGCGGAAUCGCCACGACGUGAAUCUUAUAAUGGGAGUCAAGACGUCUUUGUAAAGCCAAUGCUAGCACAGUUACGCUACUAG